AUGUUUACUGAUGAUAUGCAGGUGUUAGAGGUUCGACCGGUGAUUGAUUGGGAUAAGGGAAAAGCUGUUACAUUUUUGCUAGAAUCACUUGGACUUAACAAUGAUGACAAUGUUCUAGCUAUAUAUAUCGGCGAUGAUCAGGCAGAUGAAGAUGCAUUUAAGGUUUUGAGUGAGGUUAAUAAAGGUUUCAGAAUCUUAGUUUCUUCUGCGCCUAAAGAAAGCAACGCGGAUUACUCUCUUUGUGAUCCUUAUGAGGUUAUGGAAUUUCUCAAAUCACUUGUGGCAUGGAAAUCAAACUCUUUAGAAUAA